UGUUCACGAAAUUUAAGACGGAUGAAUGGGAGGAAGGAUAUAUACCURAGUUCUGCCAAUGCGGCGCAAGGAGGCAUGCCGAGUUCCUCAACGCUGCCACCAUAAAGAUGCUCCCAGAGGAAGGUACCUUGCACGUCGUCACCAAUGACACCGACAUUACAAAUAAUGGCCAGCUGCAGCUCAUGCUCAAUGCGGGUCUGAACCACAUUCCACUCAGGGCGCUCGAUGAGGAKUUUGCACUGGACGAAGUCAAGGUGGCACUGGAUAAGAUACUGACCACACGAAGAYGCGAUGAGGAGCUGUCCUUGGGGGAGGAGAGGCGAAUCAAGACGUUGGCUCGGGAGAAUGCGAAGAAGCGCGUCAAGAGCUUUCGGACGAAGCAUAUGCAUAUUACAGGCGAGCCUAUUAACAGCACGGCAGUGAGAAGCGAGAUCGACUGGCUGACAAGUCGAUAUCUGGUCUAUCCGACGGACAAGGCGCCACACACCCCCACGUUCGUGUGCAUCAACCUUAUCAGGAAACUAGCAUUGCAGAGGCUUUCGGGGUCGGACUUCAUACCGCUCCCAGAUUCACCGGAGCAGGUGGCGGCAAGGCUGGUACAAGAAGCGGCAGCCUUCACUCACGAAGGGCAUGAGGCACUACCGCUCCCACACCUCAUGACUGUGUACAAGGCGAACAAGCGAUCAUUAAGGUGGAUAACGAACUCUGCAGGAUCGGUACUCUCCCCGGUGGCGGACAUUUGUGAUAGACUGUUGAAGCGCCUAGCUCAGGAUGUUCAGGCCCUCUGCACUAGCAGGGCAGAAGAGGUGCAUGCCGAGCAGGGGGUUAAACCCAACUUCUGGUGGCCGAUCUCCUCGAUCGGGGAAUUCGUCGCCAACCUCCCGCAACGCAUCUACUCCGUCUUCACAGGGGAUAGCACAAGGUGUUUCGAGACGAUACCCACGGACGGACCGGAAGACGGUCUGCUGGAGGCAAUCAGAUUCUUCGUUCGCUACGCCAUGGAAAGGGGAAGGGCGGGAACAGCCAGAGAUGUGAUUGCGAUCGGAGUCGCAGCCAACGACACGCUACACCCCUACUGGGUGAAUGGUGAUCAGGACAGGGAUAAUGAGAGGCUGUACUUCGACGAACAGGGGAUCAUCGAUGUCUGUGAAUGGCUCCUCUCCAACGGAGUGGUACAUAUGGGAAAUAGGGUCUGGAAACAGGUCGUCGGGAUUCCCAUGGGUCUUGCCUGUUCUCCCAUCUUAUGUGACGUGUAUUUCUUUAAGUACAAAUACUGACUAAUCUCUCGCCUAGUCGAAUUGCAGGAUUGGGUCGCGGUUGAGUGUUUCCAAGACACCUAUAGAUACAUAGACGAUCUGUGUUCUCUAAACAACACGAUCAUUGCUGAGCUCCUCAAGGACGAUGCACACGACCAGAACCCAGGUCACAAGAUCUACCCACACAAAUUCAUUGAAGUAAAGGAAACGACCGAGG